AUGGCUGUAGACGAAGAAACCAAAAGAAUGCACGUUGUUGUGUGCGGUCUUGGAAUGGUCGGCCUGCGCUUUAUCGAAAAGUGCCUUGAACUCGAUCCAGAUCGAAAGCUGAUAGAGUUUACUGUGUUCUGUGAAGAAAAGCUUCAUGCGUAUAAUCGAGUUGGCUUGACCAACUUUUUCGCUCACCGUGAGGUCGAAAAGAUGAUGAUCCAACCUACCGAAUGGUAUGCCGAGCAACCAAAUGUCACAGUACACGUUGGUGACUCGUGUGUCAAGCUCGAUACCGCAGCCAAAGAAGCUCACUCUCAGUCUGGACUCGUUGUCAAAUAUGACUAUGCCGUACUAGCCACUGGAUCCUCAGCUCUUGUUCCACCUAUUCCUGGUCGACAAAAGAAGGGUGUCUUUGUCUACCGUACUUUGGACGAUUUGCAUAGUAUUAUAGAGAAGGCAGCUACUUGCAAGAGAGCUUGUGUAUUGGGAGGUGGUUUACUGGGUAUCGAAGCUGCCAAGGCUUGUUAUGAUUUGGGUCUUGAUACUACCAUAAUUGAACGUAAUCCUUGGUUUAUGAAUCGGCAACUGGACGAAGAUGGAUCUCGACUAUUGCAAACUCAGAUUGAAAAGCUGGGUCUUACGCUUAGGCCGGGCGCCAUCACCAAGGAGAUCAUAGGACCUAAUGCAUAUCAUGAAGGAUCUGACGAUGGUAGCGGUAGUUCACACUCUGACCUUCUCGCUGCAGAUGAUGUUGUUGCUGGUGUCAUAUUACAGAAUAACAAGGUCGAUGCUGAAGCCGAAACCAUCGCUACGGAUAUGAUUGUCCUGGCGUGUGGUAUCAAGCCAAGAGAUGAAUUGGCAGUAGCUUCCGGGAUCACUGUGCAUGCACGUGGAGGUGUCCUAGUAAAUGACUCUCUGGUUACAAGUGACCCAUUCGUGUAUGCAAUUGGUGAAUGUGUAGUUCACAACAACUUUGUGUAUGGUCUUGUGGCACCUGGUUAUGACAUGGCCGAAACAGCUGCCAAAAACAUCCUAAACAUGGAACCCAGACAGUUCACUGGCGCCGAUAUGUCCACCAAACUGAAACUUCUUGGAGUCCACGUGGCCAGUUUUGGAGAUUACUUUGCUCCUGUUUCCACCUGCAUGCCAAUAACAUACCACGAUCCUUUUGAAGGAGUCUAUAAACGGCUGCUCUUCUCAAAGGACGGUAGUAGGCUUCUCGGUGGUAUUUUAGUUGGUGAUACGAACGAUUACGGCCGAUUCUUGGCUACAUCAAAGCAAAAGUCAAAGCUACAUACUCCUCCUUCUGAAUUCAUUUUGGGCAAGAAGGGUGGUUCAACUGAGGGUGAAGAUGCUUCCUCGUUACCUGAUGAUACGCAAAUCUGCUCUUGCAAUAAUGUUUCAAAGGCUAAUAUUAAAGCCGCUGUCAGGACUAAGAACUGUAACUCUAUUGGUUUGGUGAAAUCAUGUACAAAAGCUGGAACUAGCUGUGGAGGAUGUGUCCCUCUCGUUACCGAUAUCAUGAAUGCAGAGCUCAAGGCUAUGGGUCAAGUCGUAACUCAACACAUGUGUGAACACUUCCCAUACUCUCGAACGGAAAUGUUUGAGAUCAUCAAGGUUAAGAAACUCAAAACAUUCCAUGAUAUUAUCGAAGCUGCAGGAAAGAAGGGCACCAGUGGAUGUGAAGUAUGCAAGCCAGCUAUCGGCUCUAUAAUAGCCUCUCUCUUCAACGAGUUGGUCAUUGCCAAACCUCAUGCCGGUCUGCAAGAUACCAACGAUCGUUUCUUGGCAAAUAUCCAACGUGGCGGCUCUUAUUCGGUUGUGCCGCGUGUCCCAGGAGGCGAAAUCACUCCUGAUAAACUGGAGCUCAUAGGACGUAUUGCCAAAAAGUAUGGUCUUUACACCAAGAUUACCGGUGGUCAACGUAUAGAUAUGUUUGGUGCUGCCAGAGAAGACUUGCCAGAUAUUUGGGCCGAGUUGGUAGAGGGAGGUAUGGAAAGUGGUCACGCUUAUGGAAAGGCGUUGAGAACGGUCAAAUCUUGUGUUGGAACAAGUUGGUGCAGAUACGGAGUCCAAGAUGCUGUUUCAUAUGCAGUGUUUAUCGAGAAUCGAUACAAGGGUAUUCGUGCACCACAUAAACUCAAGGGUGGUGUCUCAGGAUGUGUUCGAGAAUGUGCUGAAGCCCAAGGCAAAGACUUUGGGUUAGUGGCUACUGAAAAGGGCUAUAACCUCUACGUCUGUGGUAAUGGUGGAAGCAAGCCCAAACACGCUUUACUAUUGGCUCCUGACGUAUCUGAAGAUUUGGCUACCAAAUAUCUCGACCGCUUCUUGAUGUAUUAUAUUGCUACUGCUGAUCGUCUUCAAAGAACGGCGCGAUGGCUUGAGAAGAUGGAUGGAGGCAUUGAAUACCUGAAGGCUGUUAUUAUUGACGACAAGUUGGGCAUCUGUGCAGAUCUUGAAAAGGAAAUGGAAGAUUUGGUUGGAUCGUACUUUGAUGAAUGGGCUGCUGUUGUAAAUGAUCCAGUACGACGAGCUGAAUUCAAGCAAUUCGUAAAUACUGACGAGAAGCAACCUGUAAUCGAAAUGGUGGAAGUACGAGGUCAGAAAAGGCCUGCAGAUUGGCCUGUGGAGAAGAAGGAGGCCAAGAAGGAAGAGGAAGCACCAGUAGUUGCUAAAGACAAUGAUUCCUCGCCACUCAAGAAGAAGACGUGGCCUGAAAUGUCUUGGAAGACUGUUGGAACUGUCGAUGACUUCCCAGAGGAAGGAGGUGCUACCAUUAAAUACGGCGAUUCUCAAAUCGCGGUGUAUAACUUCACUUCAAGAGGGAAGUGGUAUGCCACUCAAAACAUGUGCCCACACAAACAGGCGUUUGUGUUAUCAUCGGGUAUCAUAGGCUCAGAAGGAGAAAUCCCUAAAGUGUCUUGCCCAAACCACAAGAAGAACUUCUCAUUGGAGGACGGAACAUGUAUAUCUGGACAGCCAGAAUACAAUAUAAUGGCAUUCGAUAUCCGAAUCGAAGACAAGAAUGUACAAUUACACCUCCCGUCAGAAGAGACCUUGAAUCCAUAUCUCAGCACAAAGAAGUGGAUGGUAAAGACGGAGCAAAUGAAUGGCGUCAAACCAUUUUAUGUUGGCAAGGAUGAAGAUACCGGUAUUGAGGUGGAAGAUGCCUCAUGUGGUGGGCCAUGUGGUGAUGAGAAGUUGGAUUGGUAA